UUUAUAACUUGUCUCCUUGAGCUCACUUUGAAGCAGUGACUCCUCCCCCUUUAAACAGGUGGUUAGAGUUUCUGCCCACAUGUAAAUAUUCUAUAUUAAUUUGCAAUAUAAAUAAUACAUGAUAUAUUUUACCAAACCAAUUUAUAAUUGAGACGGCUGAAUCGAAAUGUCCUCUUUUGUUGAAACCAGGAGAACACGUAGGCCAGCAGGUGCACAGCAUGGCGCGAGGCUCCGGACUGUGAGAGUAGAGGAAGCUUCAUAAACAAGUCCCUGAACGCAGCACGAGAGGCGCGCCUCCGCGCACAGCUGAGGUGAGAAGACCAACCGAUGAUCUUCAGCUUCAACUCAAGUGUGGACGGAAGAAAACAAGAGGCACAGCUCGGAGAUGGUUGAGCCAGAUGUGACACGGCAGCUGUUACACGCUGUUCACCUGACGAAUGGAUCAAUUGUGGCUGCCACUCAUCCCUCUCUCACAGAGAACUCCUUCACCAGCAGCAGUGGAAUAAUCCCCGGUGCAAUUGCAGCCACGGUGUUCAUUGCCCUUUUGCUCGCUCUGUACGCCGUCCUCUGGAAGUGCCUGGUGUCACCGCCUCUACGGAAACGCAGCAAAGUGAGGGUGAGAGUGAAACCGAGGACGUCUGUGUGAAGAACGCUUCUCCACCUAAACUUUGGACUAAAAUCUUGAGGGCAGAAUGAGAGAAGUGACAAAAUGCCACCAAGGAAGUUCGUCCCCAUGAUGCAGACAUCAAAGUUGAGUGUUUCCCCCUCAGCUGCACAGGCUGCUGUGACCCGCUGGUCACCACCGGCUGCUCUUCUUCUGUGGACUGUGCGCUACCGAGGGAACCUCGAGAUGAGCAGCUACUGUAGAACUCUACAAAUGUGUUUCUGUUGUCUGCAUUGAAAUCCACUCAGGAUGGUAUAUCUGCUCGUAGACAUCGUGAAAACACAUCUAGUGCAAUGGGACAGAGAACAUAUUCAUGUGACUGUCAAUUAGGAAUCAAACGUGUGAGCACAAAGUAGUUUAUGUUGCAUUGCAACCUUAAAGGGAAACGUGGAGUAGUCUCUCUGCUCCGGGGCUUCUCUGAGCCAAUCUUGCUGCUCGUAGGAACCCGGGUGACUCAACCAAGUCAGAGUGCUUUUAAGAGGAAAUUCAUCAGAAAACCCUUGAGGCAGAGAUGCUACUGAUGCUAAUCAAGAUGCCAAUCAUUGGACUUGUCCGUGCACAUUUUUGAUAAUGGUUUGGGUGGCACUGAGCCAAGGCUUCUGGUGCAGUAACACAGAUUUAAUCUUUAGUUUACACUUCAUGUGCUAUUACUUUGAGAGAUUAACAGUUGCAGUUAAAUAAUACAUCAGCAAAGUAGUACAAACGGUAAAUAUCCAUAUAA